GUCGCAUGCAAGUAUAAGAUCCCGAACACCCCGCAGUUUGUCAUUCAUUUCUUUCUAGUUGUUGACAUAGCUUUCCAUAUUCAUCCAUAAAUCCCUGCCUUAUAUUUACCUGAUUCUUUCUCCAACCUCAUUCAAAACACCUAAUCCCACAAUGUUGUCUGCAUUUGAGCGUCGUCAAGCCAACGAGGACAACAAACUCUGGCGCGAAAACGCAGUUGCAAUCCGUCAGCUAUAUCAGGAUAAAAAGAAGACCCUCAAGGAAGUGAAGGCGAUCAUGGAAAAUGAACAGGGUUUUCCCGUGACGCCAUUAUCAACAUGGGAAGUCAAAUUACGAGAACUUGGAGUACUAAAGAAGCUCAAGGCUCAGGACUGGUCUGUCAUUUACCAGAACAUCUGUCCGCGAUUGAAACAUCACGGGAAGAAAGAAUUCCAGAAGCCAACAGUCAUACACAUUCAUGGUACCAAGAGACCUUGGGACAAGUGUUGGAAGGAGAUCAGGAGAAACCGUGCCUUGAUGCAAAGGCAUCAUGAAGGUCCCCUUCCUCCACUUCCCAGUUUCGUAACUAUACGCACACCAUCGCCAGAACUGCUCGGAACUAUUUUCCAGAGAAAGUCACCCAAGCGUCUUCAUUUGCUCAUCCAGCAACUGUUUCAAACAACACUUCUCAGUCUGCAGCCGAUCUUCGAGAUCGAUUCGUCAUCUCUCCACGAACAGAACCACACAUCGGUUUGCCCGACCCCGGACUCAGUGUACAAGCUAUGCCUCCAAGGCAUUCCAUUCACUACCCUCCUUGAGAGAGCGUCAUCGCAAAUGCUCUCUCCUCGCCCUGCUCUCGGAUCCGGAGAAAGCCAACAUUGUGACAACCGAAUCAUUCAAGCAAGCGACCCCUCAAGCACUUUUGCUAGUUCUGGCCAUACCAAGCAACUGGAAUCUCAACUGAGUAGCUUCUAUGCUCGGCUCUCAUUGGAAUUCGCGUCUGAACAAUUAGCACUUAAUUUUGAUAGCCACCACUACUUGUCCAUGGCCAUUUAUCUGCUCUCGAACAGCAAAAUAUCAAACAUCUCAUCAUCGUUCGAAGUUUCGAUGUCAGACAUUCUUCGAACAUUUCUUGAAUUUGUUUCCAGGCGAUUGCUCUCAGACCUCUUCCAAAGUCAAUUGCUGAGUAUCAAAGCUGCCUGGGAAAGCCUGCUCAAUGGUGCUCAAGAGCUCAAGAACAAAGAAGCCUUCGAGUUCCUCAUCAACAUCGGGAUGCAUAAUGAGUGGCUAGAGAUACACCACAGUGGACACGAGUAUCUGUUUUCCGCGGCCCGCAUGGAUUGCCGAGAGAUACUCACGGCUCUCUUGGACAGAGGUUUCCGAGUAACUUCAUAUCCCUUUCUAUUCCCCAAGGACCAUGAUUCAAUUAUUGUGGAGGUACUUGAUCGCAGCAACCUUGAAUGCGCAAAGCUUCUAGUGCAGCACUGCGACGUCAACCACGAGUUUGAAUAUAGCAAUUAUAAGUCAAAUCACUUUGCUAUGUUCAUCACAGACUUUGACGACACCAGGCUGGACCAUAUUCAUUGUCUGAGAUUCCUCCUGGAACAAGGUGGCAAUGUUGACUACGUAUUUCAUACGAACUGUCCCCUCUUCUUGCUGUCUUAUGAGGAGUUUGAUUAUGCAGUCCAUGAAGAGAUUCAGAGAGUAUGGCCGAUUUCCAUACUUGACUACGUUUACUACUACCAUCGCUCAUUUUUCAUUGAGCUGAAGACGUAUAGUAAGACGACAGCACAUUUCAGACGAGCGAUAGCUCUCUGGAACCUUGAACAGGGCGUGGAUGCGCUUCGACAGUAUUUAGAUUCCGCCAGGCCUUUCGCAGCAACAGUUAACAACAGUACGGUUGACCAGAAAACCCUGGAGCGAAAGGAUCAAUACCUCGAGAUACUCUUGGCAGAACAAUUUCUCCUCAUCACAGUACUUCCCGAGAAAAUGGUUUUAUGGAACAGAGUGACAGCCUUGUUAGAGAUGGUGACGAACAUCGUAUGGUUGCCAAAGACAAAAAAUAUACCGGCCAUCAUGCUAUACGCCACUGCUUGCCUCGCUACUUCAGAGGAUGGGCAACACAGUCAGAAGGGAUUGGAGAUUAUGCAAUGGCUUCUGGCAAGAGGUUUCAGAGUCAACAGCGAGGCUCUACUGGUUGCUUAUGAAUACGGUGACAUUGCCGUCAUGCAAUACCUUGCCUCAUUUUGCGAUGAUAUCAAGGUCGGGGGCGAAAGCGUUCUUAUUGCUGCCGUUAGGAAUGACGACCUUAAAUCAGCAAGAUUGCUUCUGGAUAUCGGUGUGAACCCCAAUUCCAGCACAAUCACGGAAGAUGGUUGGGAUAUGAACGUUUUCGAGGCCGCCGGGUGUGGAUCGACUCUUGCUACGAUGAAGUAUCUGGUCCAAGUAGGGGUGAAGCCAAGGGUUGGAAUGUUCGGCCCUCGCCCUUCACUCGCACUGGUCCACAUGUUUCAUUGUUUGAAGGUUGACGACAUGCUCAACAAAGUCCAGUACAUAGUUGAACAGCAUGUGCUGAAAGACGAGCCACGAUGGUCAUCCUUGCCUCUUCUUGAGUUAUGUCUCCACGAUAGGGUUCACGGCAUAACUCAGGGUGCCAACGACCUACCUGUGAGAAGGGAGAUCUUCAAUUUCUUGUUGAGUAAAGGGGCAGGAAUAAACUCGGGGUCUCCUCUUGCGGAUUGGAUAGCUACAGGCGGUGGACACGACCUUGUCCAACGGAUGCUGAGUGCAGGAGCAGAUCCGAAUGCGUACUCAUUUACCGUACGUGAUCCAGAUUACCCGAAGAACCACUGGUAUGACCAUCGGGCAAUAAUAAGCAGAACACCACUACAGGCCGCAGCUGGGAUUGGGGAUUAUACACUAGUCUGCUUACUGCUAGAACACGGAGCAGACCUGAACGCACCAGCGCUUGGUGGACACCUGCAGGGCCACACAGCGCUGCAGGCUAUCUGCGCGUGGGACCCAGUGCGACGGGAGGAAAGGCUCCGGAAAGACAAGAUCGUACAGCUGUUACUUGACAAAGGUGCACACGUUAAUGCUGCAAACUCUUCUGGACGUACAGCAUUGAUGGAAGCUGCAGUGCUCGGAGAUAUAUCAACUGCCUUUGUUCUCCUAAAGUAUGGUGCUACACCUAACGCAAUAUCGAAAGAGGACGACUGGGAUGGACCAGUGACGGCUUUGGACCGUGCCGCUACGUGUGGCCGUCUGGACAUGGUCAAAUUCCUUCUCAACGCCAACGCAUUGAGUUCAACAGCGUGGUCCAACGGUGGAGACUACGAGGGGGCAAUAGAAAAGGCCAAGACCAACGACUAUUUUGGAGUCUCGCAGCUGAUCCAGAGCCACUCAGCCGAACGAGACCGAUGGAAUGCGCCGUCCGGAAUGUCCGUCGCGUCAAGCAUUGACACACGAUAUAUGCAGCAACCGCCAAUGCUCCGAACCAACUCGCCCACGACCGCUCGGCCCCAGUCUCGAACGCAGUUUAUUGCCGCAGAAAGCCCCUCCAGUGCAACAUCUUUGGACCAGACACAUGACCCAUGCCAGACGCGUGAUAGAGAAGCAUUCGAGAGCAGUCCCAGUGCUCAGGAAUCAGAAGCGCAUGGAAUACCCGGGGCAGAGGUGAACGAUGUGACUUGGCCGUCCGAGUUCGAGGAUGUUGUGGAUGGACCACAACUGGCAAUCGCCUGGAGGGACGAGUCCAGAGAUGAAACCCACGGAGAGACUGGAGAUCAGGCUCUUCAUAUCGAGGAGACUUCGUCAGGGAAUGACGCAUCGUUGUAUGAACCAACAGGGCAGUGUUGGGUCGUGGAGAAUCAGGGCUCGGCCCUGCUGGGGCCAAGCAGGAUGGCUGAGAAUGUGUUUAUGGGCUUCCCGGGAUCUCAAAGUCCUUGA